CUAAAGUGCAUAGACUUGUAAGAGCAACCAACUGCACAAUCUAAAACGACAUUGCUCCUUUCAACGGUCACUUGUUGCAAAAUCUCUUCAAUGAUCAAUGAAAGAAAAGCAGCAAAUGCCCUUGCAGGCAAGAUUGUUAGACCCUGUGAUGGCUGUUUCAGCAAGAGAGCUCGGUGGUUCUGCGCUGCAGACGAUGCUUUUCUUUGCCGGAGCUGUGAAGAAUCAGUUCAUUCAGCUAACCAGUUAGCCGGGAGGCACGAAAGGGUCAGGCUUGAAUCUGUGGUAUCUCCUCCAGCUUGGCUUCAAGGGUUUAAUAGAAAAGCAAGAACCCCGAGGCAUAAGAACAAUAAGUCCUUAUUAGCACGUCAACAACUUGAACAUGAAGAGGAAUUCUUGAUGAACCCUCUUCUUCUUGUUCCUGAGAUUGGUAAUGAAGAAGAAAGUAAUAUUGUUGCUGAUGAAGAUGAAGAUCAGGUUCCUUGUAGGGUUCCUGUAUUUGAUCCUUUUGCUGCAGAGCUAUGCGUUGAUGAUAUGAUAACAUAUGAAGGAACCGAAAUAGCAGCCAUGGGGAACGAAGAGGGAAAUGUGAUUUUUGAUGAUUCUGGACACGGAGGAACUGCAAGCGACCUGGAUAAUCUACCUGAGUUUUUACCUUCAGAUAUGGACCUUGGUGAGUUUGCUGCAGACAUUGAGAAUCUACUUGGAAGUGGACUUGAGGACUCUUCUCCUGAUACAAAGGCUUCGAGAGUGUUGGAUUCUAAAGAUGAAGGUGAUGAGAAGUUCAGUUAUGAAUACAAAGUAGUGAAAGUCAAGGAUGAACAAGAUCAACUGGAAGCAAUAUUUGAUUGGGAUUUCAAUUACGAGUCACCCACAACAGUAGAAGAGAUGAAUUGUCAUGGAAACAAGAAGGAAAUGAAAAGGAAUGUAUUUUUGAGGCUAAAUUAUGAAGCAAUCAUCAAUGCUUGGGCUAGCCAUGGCUCUCCAUGGACUACAGGACCCAGACCAGAGCUCAACCCUGAUGGUUGCUGGCCUCACUGCAUGGGUAUGUGCUGCAAUGCACGGGGUCGCCACCCCUACGUGGCCGGCGUUGGGGGAGGAGCAGGAGGAGGCAACGCAGGAAGAGAAGCAAGAGUGUUAAGGUACAAAGAAAAGCGAAGGACAAGACUAUUUUCGAAGAAGAUAAGGUACGAAGUGAGGAGAUUGAACGCGGAAAAAAGGCCUAGAAUGAAAGGUCGAUUUGUAAAGAGAACGUCCUUCAUGGGAACUGCAUUUCCUUACAUCAACAGAUAACCGUUUAAGUACUAUAUAUACCAACUGAUGCAUGCCUUUGUUUGCUUCUUGUUUCUGCAAACAUGGGAUGAAUUUGUAUGAAUUAAAUUGAUAAAGCUAUAAUAAGAGAAGAAGUAACGUAGCAGUUACCUCCCUCUCUCUUUCUACUCGGAUGUAUCAUUCUUAACAAACCAAGAUUUCAAUGAAUCUCAUUGUCCUAAAUGUCUUCAGGAUCA